AAUCACACAAAUAAUGAAUAAAAAAAUACAGUGAAACCAUAGACAUUACUCCAAAUCUUUAUAACCAACAUUAAUAUUGUUUUAAAUACAGUUUUGGCCGCAGGAAAGUUGAACAAACAGAACGGAUUCUCUUGUUUUUGGUGUGUGCACGUCGCAGUAUCUCUAUCAAGAAAGCGAGCAUUACACAAGAAAAUGUUUGUGAAAGCGCCAUCUACCGAUGCUGAAGCGGAACUGCACUUGUGUUACCGAGGGAGGUGUUAGUUACCAACAUGGCGGAAAAAGUCAGCUGAUUGGAGAGUCGCGCGCGCAGGCCUCAGAGCAAGCGGCGGAUCAAGCGCAUCAUGCAGGUGUUCGGUGAGUGGGCUCAGGUGGAAGUCGUGGAGCUGGUGAACGAUGGCUCCGGACUUGCCUUCGGGAUCGUGGGCGGCCGCUCCUCAGGGGUGGUCGUCAAGAGCGUGCUGCCGGGCGGAGUCGCCGACAGGGACGGGCGCCUGCGCAGCGGCGACAUGCUGGUACGCAUCGGCGCAGUGUCGGUGGUGGGGAUGUGCGCGCGGCAGGCGGCCGCCGUGCUGCGGCAGUGCGGCGCGCGCGUGCGACUGCUGGUCGCAAGACCAGCGCCCUCCAACGCCAUGCCGCCCUCCAUUCAGUCGCUGGGUGCAUCACAAGCGCCAGUGGUGCCCUCGCGUCUACUUGCCGACCCCAUCGAGCUGGAGCGAAGGUUGUCCGAAGCUGGUCAUGAUGGUUUUGGUGCCCUUUGUGAGGACAGUACGCCGCCUUCUCCACCACCCACCAUUAUCGAGGAGAGACUCCAUCAUAGACCAGUGGCUUCGAUCGUCGCGGUGGUACCGCGGGGGGCGCUGGCUCCUUCUCCACGUCCUCCGCCGCUGAUUAUAGCUCCGGUGGAUCCCCAGCCGCAACCAAUGAGGUUACCAUUGGACAUGGCAGUGAGAGGAACUGGUGAACCGGAGACGUUGAGCUAUGAAGUGGAACUCAGUAAGGACUCAGCUCUUGGAUUGGGAAUCACUGUCGCCGGAUAUGUUUGUGAACAAGAGGAAUUGAGCGGUAUCUUCGUGAAGAGUAUAAGUGAAGGCAGCUCUGCAGACCUCUGUGGCAGAAUACAAGUCAACGAUCGCAUUGUUGAGGUGGACGGUGUUUCGUUGCACGGUGUGACAAACCACAGAGCAGUGGCGCUUCUCAGAGACGCGAAAGGUCCAGUUGUAAGACUAAAAGCACUCAGGUAUUUGCGUGGCGCGGGGUUUGAGAAAUUGCAACGAGCGCUGGCAGCACAAGAUGGUAGACGGUCACCAAUCGCGCCGCCCAGUCCCUCUGUCACAUCGCUUGCCAAGUAUAGUUUUAGUGUGUACGAUGAAUCAACAGUAAUAGAAGCAGAGCCAGAGUCCGAGAUCCAGCCGCACCUGCCUUCCCCCACGUCUCCCUCCGAGGAGGCGGAGAUCGUGAUAGGAGGGGACGAGGAGACCCCCCAGCGGGACGCCAGGAGAAUACAGGAUAAGUGGCGGGACAUACUGAGGGAGGAACACGAUUGGCCCGGAAACCAGUACCAAUACGAUGUUAUCGCAGGUACAAUAAUGAAAGAUAAGGAGAGCGGGCUGGGCAUCUCGUUAGAGGGAACAGUGAGGGUAGUCGCAGGGAAGGAGGUGCAGGCUCGCCACUACAUCCGCGCGAUAGCACCCAACGGACCCGUCGCCAGACUCGGGAUCUACAAAGUGGGAGAUGAACUGCUAGAGGUGAAUGGGUGGCGUGUAUUGGGUGCCCAUCACGUGGAGCUGGUGACGCGGCUGCGGGCUGUACAGUCGCCGGUCACGCUGGUCGUCGUCAGGAAACGGAACGAGAAGCGGCCUGGUCCUGAACCUGGAUAUGCCAGGAACCAGAUCCUGGGCGGCAGCCUGCAGGAGCUGCUGGCGCCGCCGCAGCGCCUCAUCAAGGCCAAGUCAGAGAGCGAGGUCGCCUCCCUCUGCAGCGCAGCCACCGUGCUCUCCGCGGAAUUCUGCAGUGACUCCCUAGAGCGGAACAGGUCCAGAUCCUUGGAACCUCUGAGUGGUUUGGCGAUGUGGAGCGACCGUGUCCAAUACAUACAGCUCCUAAAGGAAGAAAGGGGUCUUGGGUUCUCAAUACUUGACUACUUGGACCCGUCGGAGGCGGGCAGCUCCGUGAUCGUGGUGCGGUCGGUGGUGGGCGGCGGCGCGGCGGCGGCGGACGGCCGCCUCGCGCCCGGCGACCGCCUCGUCUCCGUCAACGGCCGGGACGUCGCGCGCGCGCCCCUCGCCGCCGCCGUCGCAGCCAUCAAGGCCGCGCCGCCAGGAAUUGUCACUAUAGGUGUGGCGAAACCACUGCCGUGCAGUACCGUAGUGGGCGGCGAAAAGGCGAACGGCCACAGUACGCAAAGUAGUCAGGAGUGCAUCAAUUCCCUGGCCUCCGACGAUCAUACCGGAAUGGAUUCAUUUCACGAAUGCCUGCAAGAGUACGGCGAAGGGCUUGAAGUUGUUCAAAUAUGCCUUGAACCGGAAGAAUCUUCAUUAAAGGAUGAAGAGCUAUCUGCAUUUGGCGACCUCAGCUUUGAAGACUGUAAAAAGAGUGAUAGUAUUAAGAACAGAAAAGAGGAAAGGCUAAAUGGAGUGUCUGAUUUGAAAUCAUCCGAUGUUUCUUUAGAUGAGCAAGAUGACGAUAUGACAAUAACAGAAGACGAUAUCCUAAAUAUGCCAAGAGAAUUAAAUAUUAGAAGUAAAUCAGAAGAUAGAAAUGAAGUAGAUGGAAAGAGAUCGCUUUCUAAACAGCAGAGUAGGGACUUGUCAACAUCAGAUGAAAUGGUAUUCGCUGUUACACCGACGGGACUAGAAAGGAUCAGUUACGAUAAAUAUUGGAAAGAAUGUGAUGAGACCAAUAUUGAAAAGACUGUUUUAGAAAAAGUAAAGAGCAACGAAAGUUGGAAAGAAUGUCUAAAUUCCCCUACAGAUGAAACCAGCAGCUUUUAUGACGCAACUACAAGAAUCUCCGUGCAAGAAGAAAACAAUUCACUAUUGUUUAUAGACCACGAGAUAGAUGGAUACGAAACAUGUCUCGACGAAGAUUCCACGUCAAUCAAGUGUACAGUAAAAAACGGUCGUAAAGCCAACGGCGAUCAUCACAUCAAAGACUCGUAUAAACACGAUAAAAUAACUGUUAAAAACAACGACAACGAUAUAAGUGCCAAAACUGUGGACGCACAGAACACUACUAAUACCGUAGAUGAUGUGACGUCUUACAGUCACCCUUAUGUGCAGGAGCAUAUAAUAAAGCAAAUGAAAUCAUUGAGAAUAGAGCCGCUCAAUAUAAACAUAAGUAAUAAUAAACUAAAGAAACGUAGCCCAACAAAACCGUCCAAGAAUGAGCGUCGUCAGUGCGUAGAGUAUUAUAACGAUCAAGCGGAGUGCUUGAAGGAGAUACGGCAAAGAAAGUUAGAGGAAGAAGAAGAGAGGAGACAUAGAGAGGAACAGAAGAAGAUCUUAGAGAAGAAAAUAGUUAGUAUGGAAAAGAAAUUGCACUUUAAGAAGCAAGAACCGAGUGAAGAAUCGACUGAUAUAGAAACUAAUUAUGUGCCGGGUUGCCAUAAGUGUUUUUUGGAGAACUAUGCAUAUGCUAUAACGAAAGCAUAUAUGGAGGAAGCGAGUGCGUGCAAGUAUUGUGAAGUGAUUAGGGACAUGUUAGAGCCACCUAAGAGUAUUCCGGACAGACGAAUGUCUGCUCCUGCGCUAGUUAAUUUGGACAGUGGUGGUUCAGAGACUGAUGAUGAGGACUUUUUGCUGGUGCCAGUGGUGAAGGAUAGAAGAAAGUCCGCUGGUCCCCUUAAGUUCCUAGUGCCUUCAAGAAGACCGAGUUACAUACCACAAUCAGCAAUGACGGUGACAAUAUCUCCCGACCGUCGUGAGACGCUGGUAGCUCAACGGUGGGGUCCCCCGCGACGUGUCACGUUGAAGAGGAGUCCUGGCGCCCCCUUGGGGGUCAGUAUUGUUGGUGGCAAGGUCGACAUAAUCUCCAAUGAAGAUGACGAGGAUGGAGACGAGAAAGCAAUAUUUGGAAUUUUCAUAAAAAACGUAGUGCCUGAAAGUCCGGCUGGCAACAGCGGAGAACUACAAACAGGAGAUCGUAUUUUGGAAGUGGAUGGUAUAUGCGUCCGAUCGGCUCCUCACGAUAAAGUGGUGCAACUGAUCAGAGCGACUGGUGAUGUGGUGACACUCACCGUUCAGAGUCUGCUAGCAUGGAACACAGACUCUUCAGAUAUGGAAGCAUCAUCCCCACCUGUAUCGCCAGCUCGGUCUGUACAUUCAGCUCGGAAAUCGCCAGUUUCAAUAUCAGCCCCAAUCAGGACACCGCAACAUGAGAUUAAGAUAACAGUGACAUCGGAUGGCGAUACAGAGAAUGAAAAAGAAACAGAAAUAGAAACGGAGAAGGAAGAAUCAAAAGAUUCCACGUCAGAAGAACAGAAGAAACCUGUAUACUCUGAUUCAGAAAGUAGCGAUGAAGAAGAUGAAAGGGAACUCGGUGGCAGAACAUAUUCAGAUAAAGGUGUUGAGAUCGACAGAGCUUCAGCAGGAGCAGUGAAACGCAGCAAAGAAGAGAAGGAAGCGGACGCCGAGGAAGAAGAUAACUUCGGAUACACAAGCAAUAAAAUCCGCAAGAAGUACGCAAACCUUGGAGACAGCGUGGUGGCUGUCAAGUUGGAGAGGACCCAGAAAGCUGGUCUGGGGCUCAGCCUGGCUGGACACAGGGACAGGAGCCGCAUGGCCGUGUUCAUUUGUGGUCUUCACCCGGCAGGAGGCGCUGCUAAGGCCUCACCUCCCGUUAAAGUUGGGGAUGAAAUUUUGGAGGUGAACGGCAUAGUACUGCAUGGAAGAUGUCAUCUCAACGCGUCGGCAAUUAUCAAAGGAUUGGUUGGUCCAGUUUUCAAGAUAAUACUGCUGAGACGAAAAUCAGCAUUAGAAGACUGCGCUGUGAAGCCUCUGACACAAUUUCCAGUCGCACUCGAGGAAGAGUCCGAAGAUCGAUUUGCUGGCUACAAAGGAGUCCGAGAUAUUACCAUCAAAAAAGGUCCGUCAGGAUUAGGCCUGAUGAUUAUCGAAGGUCGUCAUGCAGAGGCAGGCCGCGGUAUCUUCGUCUCGGAUCUUCAGGAAGGCAGUGCAGCAGAACAGGCUGGACUCCAAAUUGGAGAUAUGAUUUUGGCAGUCAACCGAGACUCCUUGCUUCGGUGUAGCUACGAUGCUGCUGCAGCAAAAUUGAAGCAAUCUGAAGGACAAGUGAAGUUAACGGUGUGUACUCCCAACUUGAAGGAUAAGAAAGAAGAUGCACCGUCUGCUGAGGAAACUGGUUCAGCUGCUACUUCUGCACCAGCUGGCACGGCGUCGCGCCCGGCCAGCGGGAACCAAACUCCCGACCCCGGACUGACAGCCGCCAGCUCAUCACGCCCGCAUUCUCCAAGACCAGCGCCAUCACCCGUCAGAACGGAACCGCCAGCUGAUCCCGCCACAGCUACAAUCUUACCUAAUCAGGAAACAGUUAUAGAAAUUACCACAGAGUCACAAAACCUGGGCUUAUUUUUGCUCGGCGGCAGUGACACCCCUAUAAAUGGUCCAGCGGCCGUCGUGUUGGAUGUAGUAAAGGACCGGCCAGUGGGUCGCGACGGGAGACUGCAGCAUGGAGACCAGAUCAGAUCCGCCUGCGGGAUACCACUCACGGAUACCAUGACUGAAGAUAGGCUCAAUAUGACCAUCAAGCAAUGGGCACCCAAGUUGAAAUUCAGCGUGUUCCGUCCGGAGCCGAUCCCUUACGAGACGAUAGAUGUGGACGUCAACCGGAAGCAGAAACCACUAGGGUUAUGUUUCGCGGCGUUCUCCAGCGACCGCGGGGUCUAUAUCACGCAGAUUUUGCCUGGCUCCCCAACAGAACAAGAUGGCCGACUGAGACGUGGUGACCACAUAAUAUCAGUGGACGGUAAGGACGUCUCAACUGUAGAUUUUACGGCUGUUUCCAUCGCCCUCAAACUCAUUGGACCCAAAGUGUCCCUUAAAGUUAGAAGGUUGAAGAUUGUUAGGUAAUUUACAUUAGCUUGGCGGCGUACGGGUAAUUUCAAGUUCACAGAAUUUUGAAAUAUUCAUGACUUUUUAUUUAAUGACCUAAUUAGUAUCAUUUUUUUAUUAUGUAAGUAUUAAGAAAUGUCGUCUAUGUAACUCUGUCUCUUCUAUUCCAACCGCUAAUCAUCAUGCCU